CAUCAAAUGCAAAUAACAUAAAAUCGCCCACUUCAAUAACUUAUUUACUGUAUUAUGAAUUCUAAGUUUCUUAAUUGUAAUAAAUUAGUUUAAAAAAUAAUACAUGACUGUUAAGUUAAACUAGUGCCAACAAAUUGUUAAACAAGCUAUUUGAUAUAAUUCAACAUGAAUACUACCGUCACACCUGGUCAGCCGACGCCCAUACAAGACAAACGGUUCCGGUACUCAAAAUGGUCGCUCUACUCGUGGUGCGGUAUAUCACUGGUGGUGACCAUAAUCCUUAUGGCAAUAAUGAUACCAUUUUAUAACGGCAUCAUCAACGACUCUAUAUUAUAUUAUCAGUGGUAUAUCGAUGAUGCUAAAUCGGGCAGGGCCAUUAUUAUAACCGUUGGAGUACUCUGUAUAUUAGCUCAAGGUGUGGGAGUUUACGGCGGAUAUAAAGAGCACAUGAAAAUAUGUAUGGCAUACGGGGCCGUAUCGGUGGUGUUGACCAUCAUAUCGCUUGUCGGUGCUAUAAUAACGGGAGGGGCGGGCUUUUGGUGGCUAAUGAUACAGUUCGCCAUAUGCGCGAGUGUGGCAUUUCAAUUCACCAGGGAGAUACGCCGGGCCAACUGGAAUACGGCUGUUGGCGCCCAACAAACCGUGUAUAUGAAUAAUGGCCUUCAGCCCAAUGUGGUGUAUCCAAUGCCCGGCCCUCAGCCAGCGUACGCUAUGCCCAAUCAAACCGUGCAGCACACUUCCGGUGCCGUUUAUAUAACACCAACACUGACGGCGCCCAAUCAGUCAGGCCAAGUAGUUAUGGGGAGUCCGACGUACGCCCCCUCACACGUGGUAGCGUUCCCGACGCCCGGCGCUGCAUAUGCAGGCCCGACAUCGAUGCCACCCAAUUAUACUGAGUCACAGGAAGAUAUUAGGGGAGCAACCGCCGGGUCUUUGAUUGACCGCGCCGUUCCUAUUUUUUGGUUCCCAAUCCAGUUCGCUAUCUGCGCGGGCAUUGGCUUUCAAUUCAGCCGUGAGAUACGCCGGUGCGAUAAAAGCGCACCCAUUGUUGCACAACAGUUUGUAAAUAGGAAUAAUAGACUGCAACCCAAUGUUGUGCAUCAAAUGCCUGGCGCUGCACUCACUCCAGCAACGCAACAGAUGCCCGGAGUAAUGUACAUACAGCCAACAUUUAUAUUGCCCGACCAGUCAGGACAAGUAGAUGUGAACAGUCUCCCAUACAUCACUCAAUUUGAUCACGUGACAGCGUACCGGACACCCGAGUCAUCACAUGCAGGGCCGACACCAGCGCUUCCCACUUAUGCUGAGUCCCAGCAAAAUACUAACGAUUCAAACCGGUAG